AAAACAACUUUGUUUCAGGAGAACAACACAAGACAUGUCUCGUCUCGUUCUUGUCUCGUUCCUCUUUUUGGCAAUUUUUUCCUUGUUGGUUGGAGGAUUUGGUAAAUUGAAUUGUCCAAGAAAUGAGAUCUUCACCAAAUGCGAUGCACUGUGCCAACCUUCUUGCGCAAAACCUGAUAGUAAAUCUCCUUGUAUCUAUAUAUGUGCGUCAGGAUGUAUAUGUAAAUCCGGUUAUUUGAGGAAUAAAAAUAGGAUAUGCGUUCCGCGAUCUGAAUGUUUCUCAGGAUGACUUUAAUAAUUAUUUCAUGAUGAUUGUCUAAUAAUUAUUGUAUUGUAUUUUAUCGUUCAUAAAAAUUGUUAUGUUAUUAUUUUAUCAGAAAUAAAUGUAUAUAU